AACUAGACUUGAGAUCAUACAAACGCUUCGUAUCGACUGUAAAUGGGGAAGCGAAAUUGUGUGGAGUAAGUAUAACGCUCUCCUCAAAAAACAAGAACAACUAUUAGUACGUUCAAUCCAAAUAACGAAGCUGUAUCAUGAGACACUUAUUACCUAGUACUGCACAAUUUAGCAACAAUUGUCAUCCCACACAUCACACAAAAAAUUGGCAACAACUUCAUCGUUUUUGCUCGAACCGAUUAGGCUAAACCUCUGUAUGCAUGUGAAUGAAAGAACAGUAUUGACUGCAUGAACACAGAUUAGUAUUUAACAAAGAGUAACUGCGGUAAUAGAAUCCCCGUGGAAGAACGUUGCAAAGGAUAUGAAUUUGGGAUUAUUUUUCUUUUCCUUCUUGAUUAUAAGUCGCUCGCUAACGGUUGUUAUAGCGGAUGGCUUAUCCCACAAUGCAGAGCUUAAUAUUACUUAUUACACAACUACUAUGGACCCCUUAUCCUCGGGUUGUGGGGCGAAUAGCCAGAGAAUGGGUGACAAUUCUUCCAUAACUAUUAACCUCCAAUCUUCUACAGAGAACGGCUCGUUCGCAUAUCUCAUAUGGCAUGACGACCACGUACCCCGCGCUGUCAAUUGGAAUGUUCCGACAGGUUCAGUUCGUCUCGUCCCAUUGAUGCCAUCUUGUUUUGGGGAGUACAUCGUUUUGAAUGGUUCAGAUUACAUUAUUGCGAAUGGUGUAUAUGACCCGAAAAUCAACACAACCAAUAAAAUCACCAUACCAUUGCCAGGAGCAGGCAAAUAUGCCAUUGCUGCCCGCGCUUUGCACCAAGAACUAAGUGAUAAAUAUAAACUGAAAGUGGUAUUUGAAGGAGUCCUUGAACAAAACCCCUAUGGCCCAAACUCUGACAAGUCCUAUGAUACGUCUUCCGAAACGCAAGACUCAUCUGCCUUUCGCACUGUUCCGUUUUUUCUUCCCACCAUAUUUUCUUUACUUUUAGCAAUUUUAUUUAUAAUUUAGAUUAAUUCAUCUGGUUCCGAGCUGCUUACAUAGGCGAAAACGUUGUCGCAUCCAACCAGUCAGAAUUAAAAAAUGCGCACCAAUAGACAAAAAGGAC